UUUUCUCUUGAUUUAUCGGAAACAUGCACGCUCAAUGACAUUUCUUUAGCAGCAGCGAUGGCUGAUUCUUGCUGCAGGUUGUUGGAGUUUCAAUCUUUCUUCUCCACCAAUAACUUGCGCCUAAUUUCUCCUUCAAAACAUUUUCAUCCUUCCGCACUUAUCCACACCCACAAUUCAAGAUUCAGCAGAAGAAAAACGUGUCCACCUCAAAUUACCCUACUUUCAAAAUCUAAGCUUUUUUGUUCAAAAUUUGAUGUCGUUUCGACUCACGAGCACUCUGACGGCAGUCUUCUCUUUCGGUUUGGGGACCCGACUGAAAUCGCGAAAAAUGCCGAAAUAAAAGAAACCCAAACCGAUGACGAAAUAGAAACCGAAGACGGAGUUAAACCGAGUGUGGUGAAGGUGUUUGAUGGCGAUCGGGAAACAGAGGUUGUAAUAAGGACAUUAGACAAACAAAUAUCCAGUUCUGGCUUGACUGACCUGUCUGAUAAUGCAAACUCUAAGUCCACAGCUUUUAGUGAUAAUAUAUCAAUCGAGAGUUCAGACAACAUCCAACUCUCCGUUUUGGUUUCGAGUACUGGAAAUGAUGUUAUGAGUGAAGUGGACACUUUCAUUCUCGAUAAGAGCCCUGUUAAUGAAGUCGACACUUCAGAAAUCGGAACUACUGAGAUGCGAAGUGAGACUAUCAAGAAUGUUACUUGUGAAGUAUCUGAGGAGAAGAAUUUGCAAACUGAGAGCUUAAUAACUGAAAAUGGCAGUGAAAGUGAGAUCCAGAAUGGCGGGUUUGUGAAUGAGAUUGUUGAAAACAGAAGUGAAAGGUACCUGAACGAAGUGUUUAAGGAAAAUGAUGAGGUGGAGAGCAUGAAAGAGAGUGAUGAAAUCUCAGAAGCACCCAGUUAUGAACUGAUGGAAUUGGAAUCCACUGAAUCUGCUACAAAUAGUAUCUGCAUUGUUGAUGCCCUAAAGCAGUCUAACGAGAUUUUUCUGAACAGUGAGGAUAUCUCAAUGACGAAUUUUGUUCUAUCUUCCAGUGCUGCUUUAUUGCCUCAUCCCUCUAAGGCAUUGACAGGUGGAGAGGAUGCAUAUUUCGUUGCUGGCCAAACGUGGUUUGGUGUAGCUGAUGGAGUGAGUCAGUGGUCACUCGAAGGGACUAAUCCUGGAGUUUAUGCACGAGAACUCGUCAAAAAUUGUGAAAAGACAGUCUCUGAUUGCAAUGGAAUCUCCAUAAACAACCCUUUGGAACUGCUUAAUCACAGUGUAGCUGAAACACACUCUCCUGGGUCGUCAACAGUUUUGAUUGCUCAAUUUGAUGGCCAGGCUCUUAAUGUGGCUAAUAUUGGGAACUCUGGAUUUAUUGUCCUACGAAAAGGUUCUGUUUGGAAAAGAUCUUCUCCUAUGCAACGUGCGUUUUGUUUUCCUCUGCGUAUUGAGAAAGGUGAUGACCCGACUUCUCUUGCAGAGACUUAUAGAGUUGAUUUAGAGGAGGGUGACUUGAUUAUUACUGCAACUGAUGGAUUACUCGACAAUUUAUACGAUGAAGAGAUCUCAUCAAUAGUCAUGCAGUCACUCGCUGAUGAUAUAAAGCUUGAGGAAAUUGCGAAACUACUAGCGAAAAAGGCACAAGAGAUAGGUGAGUCGAAAUGUACGAGAAGUCCAUUUGCCGAUGAUGCUCACGCAGCCGGAUUUUCGGAAUACAUUGGCGGGAGGCUCGAUGACGUGGCAGUCAUUGUAUCUUUAGUCCAAAGACCAUCAUAAUUUUGCAGGCAAACUUUGUUCCUCCAGGGCCUAUCUCAUCAUAAUUCAAAUAAGUCAUUUGUACAGCUGUGUGCAUGGUUUGUGAAUCUUUUCAGGUUACUCUAAUUGUAAAAUCAAAGACUGAAAGGAGGCAGAUUGUGAAUCAUGGGUUGGUGGGGCCUCUGACUGCCAUGCUUUAAACAAUGUUGUCUCCAUCAAAAUGGUUGGUGUGUUAAUGGCUGUUUGCUCACUUUGUUGAAUCAUAACACUCACAAUUUGGAAUCCUAUACUCCACCACAAUGGGGGAAUCAUCAUCAUGUCAUGCAUGCCCUCUUUGAGUGACCCAACAU